AUGGACGAGUUUUUGAAUACUGUUGAUAUUCUUGAUGCGUUGCUACCCUUAUCUGACUGUAGUGAAGACUUGGACGAUGUGGACGCUGAUCCAGACUUUGAGGUAAGCAGUGAUGAAGACGACAGGAGAACGCCAAGAAAAAUACAACAACCUGUUUAUGCUAAACUGGAUCCUUCGCAAGUUACUGAUUCAUCGAGCGAUGAAGAUGAAAAUAUCCCUCCUCCAAGUCCACAGCCAGGUGAACCAGAUCUCGGGUCAUGCGCCAAAGUAGUAGUUCGCCUGUCACGAUGCAUUUCACCGCAAAAUCACCAGCUUUACAUGGACAACUUUUAUACUACUGUACCACUUGUUGUUCAUCUGGCUAAAAGGAAUGUUCAUGCACUUGGAACCGUCAGGAGGGAUAGAGUUCCAGGAAACAACCUGCCUUCACCUUCAGAAUUUCAAGCAAAAGAACGCGGAUUUUCAACUGAAAAAUGUGCAAAAGUUGAAGAGGUUGAACUGUCACUUGUUGCCUGGCAAGACAACAAGUGUGUAACUCUACUGUCCUCCUUUGUGGGGAUUGGUAAACAGGACAAGGUUGGAAGGUACUGCAAAAAAACAAGAAGCAUCAAAGAAAUAAACUGUCCACAAGUAGUUAACACCUAUAACCAACACAUGGGAGGAGUUGACAAAAUCAACUCCAUCCUUGGGCGGUACAAAAUACGAAUGAAAACAAGAAAGUGGUACAUGAGACUUUUUUAUCACCUACUGGACGUAACGAUGUGUAACAGCUGGUUGCUGUACCAAAGAGUCUGCAAAGAAAAAGGCAAAGUCACUCUGCCAUUGGCAGAGUUUAGGGAAUCAGUGGCAUUGACAAUGUGUAAACUAGGUGCAAAACAACCUCUAAAACGAGGAAGACCAAGCACUGAGUUGGAUGUGGCUCUCCAAUCUAAAGCUAAAAAGCCACAUGUUUCUGCCAUUCCUCCAAAAGAUAUGACUCGCCAUCAUGCCACAGGAAGUGCCGAUAUUGAUUGUCCCUCCAGUCUCUCACAGUAG